GGCUCUCUGUGUGUCUAUUUUCACUUCUGGAGGACUGGCGAGAGAGUGCAACAGGAUCCGUUCCCAGUCCCCUUCUCUGAGUUCUCUACCUAAAGGCCUUUGCUUUCUUUUUGACUGAGCUGUUCAGACUUGUCUUUGCCUACUGUCUUCUCCAGCCUCGACUAGUGGGUGAGGCCAGUGAACCAAUUCCUGCACCCAGCAGCAGCAGAAGGAAAAGGUAGCUGUAUCUCCAGGAGCAAAGAAAGCCACUGAAAGUUAUUUGGAAAUGGUGCUCUGAGGCACUGUGCGGAGGGUCUGAAGAACUCCCAGGAGACUUAGGGCUGCCCUGCAGCUCUGGUUUCAGCUGGCUGUGUAUGAUUUUUGUAUGACAAUAUAUUUCUAAACCAGGAUGGCUGGGGCAGGUAGAGACUGGGAAAGGAUGAGUAGAAACAGCACUUUUUGGGACCAGAUCUUCUCUCAGCCUCUUUCAUGCGAGGUCUGGAAGCAGAACAUGGAGGAAGCAGCCUAUCAUCUAGCUGGCUGCAUCCUUCUGCUGGGUUACAUGGGGGGAAGUGGGAUCUUUGGAUCCAUCUAUAUCUUUAGCUUACUGGCCAUUGGCUACUUCUGCUAUGCUCUUUGGGGCUGGCUGGAUGCCUGUGGGCUGGAUAUCUUCAUCUGGAACAUGCUGCUGGUCAUGGCCUGCUUGCUUCAGCUGGCUCACCUGACUUACCUGCUCCGUAAGGACACCUUUCUGGAAGAAUUUGAUCUUCUUUACAAGACCAUCUACCAGCCUCUCCAGGUGCCCCUCCAGGUCUACAAAGAGAUUGUGAAAUGCUGUGAAGAACAGGUCCUUUCACUGACCAGAGACCAGAGCUAUGCCCUAGAAGGCAAGACACCCAUCAACCGCCUGUCUCUACUUCUCUCUGGCAGGGUCAGAGUGAGCCAGGAUGGACAGUUUCUGCAUUACAUCUUCCCCUACCAGUUCAUGGACUCCCCUGAGUGGGAGUCGCUGCGGCCCUCUGAGGAAGGAAUCUUCCAGGUCACCUUGACAGCAGAGACUGACUGCAGUUAUGUCUCAUGGCCACGGAAGAGGCUGUACUUUCUCCUGAGGAAGGAUCGCUACAUUGCCCGUCUCUUCUCAUCCCACCUUGGCUGUGACAUCUCAGAGAAGCUCUAUGCCCUCAAUGACAAGCUCUUUGCAAAGUUUGGCCUGCGCUUUGACAUUCGCCUGCCCAGCCUCUACCACGUCUUGGGACCAGCCUCCUCAGAGCUGGAGAAGGAGCUGGAAGAGUGUGAUGAGCCACCAGCCCCACCUCGUCCUUUACCCACCUUUGUCCAAACAGCUGCCUCAGCCCCUCCACCACCUCCUCCCUCUGCUCCUGCUUCUGCUCCUCCUGCCCACCCCAAGGCAGGCCGGCCCGACAGUGACCUGCUGGGUGAGGACUCUACCAGUCUUGUGUUGGAAGAUUUUGCUGAGUUGCCGGGGUCUUUUAUGGACUAUGUGAGCGAAGGGGAGUAUAUGAAGUGAGGGCACUUCUAACAUGGGCACACAUCACCCUGUGUAGGAUUCCUGUCUUCUGGAAACCUUCUUCGGAGUUAUCCCAGAGUUCUCUUCAAAGGACGAGCCCCUCUGGCUCCCACCCAGACCCCAGAACUCUAGGGAACAACAGCUGGUUUUGAUCAUGGAGACUUGCACGCAUGUGUGUGCACACACCUCUAAUCAGAAAGACACUAACAUGCACCAAGCUGGUCAUACGGGUAUGCCACACAUGCACAUAGCUACAAACACAAGGUACAUGCAUGAGACUGAAGUGUGACCUACCCACCCCCCUGGACACUUUCCACCCUGCCUUCUGUUCACAGGCAGUGGCACCAGAGAUGUCUGUGUGUGUUCAUUUUUAUAUUCUAAUCCCUCAACUCAAUGGUGUGUCAACCGCUCUUGUAAUCAGGUACAUUAAAACUGUUGGAGAGAGA